AUGAAUCAUACAGAGGCAAAUCAAUCCGGUCACUUUCUGCAGUUUUCCUGUCCAGAGAGAUCUGUGUCUACUGCAGUGUAUGUGUUGCUGUAUGUGUGUGCAGCUGCUGUAGUUCUGCUGACAGUGUGUGGAAACCUGCUCAUCAUCAUCUCCGUCUGCCACUUCAAGCAGCUCCACACACCGACUAACAUGCUCAUCCUCUCUCUGGCUGUGUCGGACUUUCUGGUCGGGCUUUUUGUGAUGCCGACUGCAUUGAUAUGGAUGAUCGAGUCCUGCUGGAUGUUUAACAGAAUAAUUUGUAUAUGUUAUAUAAUAACCACUUAUCUUCUCACAGGCACGUCUAUACAUAACGUUGCUCUGAUCGCAGCUGAUCGAUACUUUGCCCUCUCUAAUCCGUUUCUCUAUGCUAGAGCGGUCUCUGUGAGCACCAUGUGCUUUGUGGUUUUAUGUGACUGGUGUGUGUUGUUCUCCUAUAAUCUAGUACUUCACAUUGUCAACAGAAACUUCAAAAGUGCAGUGAUGUGUCCUGGAGACUUUAUUGCUUUGGAUGAGGUCUGGUCUCUGGUUGAUCUUCUGGUUAUUUUCGUUUUCCCAUGUUCUGUUAUAAUCAUACUGUAUGUCCUAGUCUUUGUGAUUGUAAAGAAACACGCCACUGCCAUUCGAGAGCUUAACGUCCAUCCCAGUAUCCAGACGCCACAGAAUGAUAUCCCAGUGAAGUCAGAGAGGAAAGCAGCUAAAGUGCUUGGAAUAGUCGUCGCUGUGUUUCUGGCUUGUUUAUUUCCGUAUUUUAUUUACAGUUUAUUAGGCAAAGCCAUUGAAAUUGAAGAAGAGUCGUUUCAGAAAGUUCUGAUCCUUGUUUAUUUAAACUCCACCAUUAAUCCAGUUAUUUACGCCUUGUUUUAUCCGUGGUUUAGGAGGUGUGUUAGACUCACUUUGACUCUUCAAAUAUUCAACACGGAUUCUGCUCUGAUGAGUGUGCUUUAG